AACUCCGUUUUGGAUUGAUUGAUUAUGACAGCCUGAUUUUUCACAGGAUCGAUGGUUUUGAGAACCAUCAUCUAUGCUGACGAAAUCUACUUACUUUUUGAAAUACAACAAUAUUUCAUAGAUUCUGUUCCGCAGAAAAACACAAAGGCACUCCAUUGCCUGUCCCCGAAACUAGAAGUCUCUCGAAGCUAAACAACAUGUCUUCUUCAUGUUCCCAAAACAUGCCAAGUGAUCCGCUAGUCUUUGGGUUUUGGAAAGUUCCAAAUGAGGUUUGUUCGUCGGUAUGCUACGAGGCAAUAAAGAGCGGAUAUAGAAGGUUGGAUUGUGCUUGUGAUUACGGAAACGAAAUAGAAGUAGGGGAGGGCAUUGCGAGGGCGAUCGAAGAUGGACUAUGCAAGCGUGGAGAUCUCUUCGUCACGAGUAAGCUUUGGAAUACAUACCACAAACCUGAGCAUGUGCGGGUGGCAUUCCAGCGUUCUUUAAAGGAUUUGAAGCUAGAAUACCUUGACGAAUAUUUGAUUCACUUCCCGAUUUCAUUAGAAUUUGUUCCUUUUGGAAAGAAAUACCCUCCCGAGUGGAUUAAUCUAGAUGGAAAAAUGGUCGUCGUUCCGAAUGACAUGUGUGCGACGUGGAAAGAGAUGGAGGACCUUGUGAGAGAUGGAAUCGCAAGGUCGAUUGGCGUGAGCAACUUUUCAGUGCAACUUUUGCGUCAGAUAUUUAGCACGUGUGAGAUUCGUCCAUCCACAUUGCAAAUCGAAGUGCAUCCCCAUAACUCGCAAGAAAAACUAGUUCGUUUCGCUCACGAAAACGACAUGAAAGUAACGUCAUUUUCUACUCUUGGUUCAACAAGCUACGUCGAAUUGUCAAUGGCCUCUGAUGAAGACUCUCUACUCUCGAAUUGCAUCAUAACGGAUAUUGCCAGUGCGAAACAGAAAACUUCUGCUCAGGUAUUGAUUCGCUGGGCGCUACAAAGAAAUAUUUUUCCGCUGACGAAAACAGUCAGUGGAAAUCGAAUGAAAGAAAAUCGAGAUGUCUUCGAUUUUUCUUUAACGUCCGAUGAUAUGAAAAAAAUCAACGAUUUGAAUGAGAAUCGUCGAUUCAAUGACCCUGGAGUAUUUUGUGAGAGCAUGGGAACCUUUUGUCCAAUCUAUGAAUGAUUUAGAAACCUGUUUGGCCCGAACAUCAAGUCAAAAAAUAAAAAAAAUGAAUAUUACAGUACUGCAAUCAAUUACAUAUGCAAAAGCUACUGGUAUAUCUUUAAAAAUUCGAACUACAAUGAAGUUGGGUAACUAGAUCAAGCAUAGUGUUGAACAAGAAAACAUUAAUGGCAUCACAGCAGAGGAUCACAUCAAAGUACCCACUACCAGUAUACAAGUAGCACGAUUCUAAGUUCCAUCCACUUCUUGGAACAUUCAUCAGGGCCUUGGUUGCUGAGCCCUUCCUACAUUGCUGAAGAGGAUUCUUGUACACUCUUUUUUGUUGUUGCUACCAACAUAAUUUUGAGUCAAAAACUUCCAAAAUAGGAAUGCUGACACAAAGAGCUACUAGAUUUGUUUGUCAACCCACAAUAGCCAUUAGAUGCUGUGUUGUUGAGGUACAGCAAUUUGUUGGAUUCCACUACUAGCUACUACUAGCUAGUUACAAAUUGAUUUUGUCCUGCAUGACAAGAACAACAAGGACAUACCAAGAACAAGAAGACCAGCACCACCAGCACCACCAGCACCACCAGCACCACCAGCACCACCAGCACCACCAGCACCACUACCCAUCAGUUGAGUAAUAUGUUAAUGAUGAGAAAAGAAAUACUUGUUAUAGCA